AUGUCACUGCUGCUGUGGCUGGGCUCCCAGCUGUCCUCCUGCUGGAACAACAUCUCUCUCCUGGGAGUUUUCCUGACGGUCUUCGUGCUGCUGGUUGACCUGAUGAAGCGUGGGAGGCGGUGGAGCCGCUGCCCCCCUGGGCCCCCCUCGCUGCCCUUCCUGGGGACCAUGCUGCACGUGGACUUCCGCAGGCCCCACCGCUCCUUCGGCCAGCUUCAGAAGAAAUACGGGAACAUCUUCCACCUCCAGAACUGCUGGACCAACGUGGUGGUGCUGAACGGGUUCAGGGUGGUGAAGGAGGCCCUGGUGCACCGGGCAGAGGACUUCGCUGACCGCCCCUACCUGCCCAUGUACGAGCACCUGGGCUAUGGCAGGGACUCUGAAGGGAUUGCUAUAGCAAGAUACGGGCACACGUGGAAGGAGCUAAGGAAGUUCACACUCUCAACCUUGAGGAACUUUGGGAUGGGAAAGAGGCCCUUGGAGGAGAGGGUGAAGGAGGAAGCUGGAUUUCUGUGCUCUGCAAUCAGAUCUGAAAAAG